AUGCCUGUGGGGAAUACGUUUCGCCAGGCUGUGAAAGAACAAAUCCAAUCCACGAAUUUCGAUUCCAAUUCUUGUGAUCUCUUUACAAGUGUUUCAACAUUCGAUUGUGUUUGUAUUAGCGCUACAACAAAUUCAAAAUGGAUCAAUCGAUUUUUAUGCCAUUUUAUCGAUUUCAAUGUUAUUGAUCUUUCAAUGAAUAAUUUGCCAUGA